CAUCAUCUAAGAAGCCCUAGAACCAAAACCAGAACAACAUUUCCAAUGAAGAUGAGAUCCCUAAAACUCCGGGAAGCCCACAAGGUCGGCGGCCACGGCGCUUCGUUUUGCUCGAUUUUGUGGGAUCAGAAGGCGGUGCAUCUCGUGACGUCUUCUUCCUCAGAUCCGACCAUCUCAGUCCACAACGAAGCCUCGCCCUCCACCUCACCGUUGACUAUUCUUCGCCACCAUCAGGAUGGCGUCACCUCUUUGGCCCUCAGCCCCAACUCCACUUGCCUCGCCUCUGGAUCUAUCGAUCACUCUGUCAAGCUCUAUAAGUUCCCAAGUGGGGAAUUUCAGACGAACAUAACCCGAUUUACGCUGCCAAUCCGUGUGCUUGCGUUUAAUAGUUCAGGCAGUCUGUUGGCAGCUGCUGGAGAUGAUGAAGGAAUUAAACUCAUCAAUACGAUCGAUGGUUCAAUUGCUAGGGUUCUGAAAGGACAUAAAGGACCUGUGACUGGCUUAGAUUUUGAACCUAAUGGUGAACUCUUGGCUUCACUUGACUCAACUGGGACUGUGAUAUGCUGGGAACUCCAGACUGGAACUGCUUCCUAUACGCUUCAGGGCAUUGCACCCGAUACAGGCUCAGACACCUCCAUCGUUAAUGUUCUUAGAUGGAGUCCUGAUGGGAGAAUCCUUGCUGUGCCGGGUUUGAGAAAUGAUGUGGUGAUGUAUGAUAAAUUUACUGGGGAGAAGCAUUUUUCCUUGAGGGGUGAUCAUGUGGAGCAUCUAUGUUACUUGGAAUGGUCUCCUAACGGGAAGUACAUAGCUACCUCUGGUCUGGACAAACAAGUUCUUGUUUGGAAUGUUGAUCAGAAGCAGGAUAUAGAUAGGCAGAUCUUCGAGGAGAGAAUAUGCUGUAUGGCGUGGAAACCGAAUGGGAAUGAUUUGGCUGUCAUUGAUGUCAAGGGAAGGUAUGGAAUUUGGUAUUCAGUGGUUCCAUCGUCUAUGGCUUCUCCUACAGAAGGUGUUCCAAGCAUACUGUCAAAGAAGGGUAACGGGCUUCUUUUGUUUGAUGAGGACAACGAUGAAGAGCUUUCUGGGGCAUCUGGUGGGUCGAGUGAUGGCGGGGAAGAUAGUAAUGGAGAAUCUCAUCCUUCUGUCAGGAAAAGAUUGAGGAGAAGAACUUUCAUUGAUGACGACGACGAAGAUGUAGAUGAAGAGUCUAAUGAUGAGAAAAAACUACCUUCUGCAUUUGGUCACAGGAGAAAAGCACACAAGUCUCAUAAGGAUAACUUGGAUUUGGUAAACGGGAUUUCUAGAAGCAUAGUGGCAUCAACCAAUCACAGAAUGCAAGGCCCUUUUCAGUCAUGUGCUACACCUUCACAGUCAGGGAAAAGGCGAUUCUUGUGUUACAAUAUGCUAGGAUGCAUAACUACAAUUGAACACGAGGGCUACUCCCAUAUCGAGAUAGAUUUUCAUGAUACUGGAAGAGGUCCACGAGUUCCAUCAAUGACCGACUACUUUGGCUUCACUAUGGCAUCAAUAAAUGAAAGUGGAUGCGUUUUUGCAAAUCCCUGCAAGGGAGAGAAUAACAUGAGUACUCUUAUGUAUCGCCCGUUUAGCAGCUGGGCCAGUAACAGUGAGUGGUCAAUGAGGUUUGAAGGCGAAGAGGUGAAGGUUGUCGCGAUUGGUUCCAGUUGGGUCGCUGCAGUUACAAGCCUUAAUUUGCUUCGAAUAUUUAGCGAGGGUGGUCUACAGAAACAUGUUCUUUCUAUUGAUGGGCCCGUCGUAAGUGCAGCAGGAUUCAAAGAUGAACUUGCAGUCAUUACUCAUGUUUCAGAUUGUCUUCCUUCAAAUUCACAGGUGAUGGAAUUCAAAGUAUUUAACAUCACUACUAUGAGUCAGUCCUCUAAGGGUCGCGUUCCUUUAACCCCUGGUUCAAGUCUAACAUGGUUAGGAUUCAGUGAAGAAGGUCUUUUAAGCACUUGUGAUUCUGAGGGUGUGUUGAGGGUCUUUACGAACCAGUUUGGCGGCACAUGGAUCCCAGUUUUCAGUGUCAGUAAGGAAAAGAAACAACAUGAAAACUACUGGCCAGUUGGUCUGAGCUCCAGCAAUUUGUAUUGUGUAGUUUGUAAACACCCUUCGAUUUUCCCCCAGGUGACUCCAAAACCAGUUCUUACCGUACUUGACUUCUGUCUCCCACUUGCAUCCUCGGAUUUGGGAGCAGGAUCCUUAGAGAACGACUUAAUGCUAAAGCAGCUUCGUCUUCAUGAGAUCCAGAGAAGAUUAGACGAUAUGGAUUCUAUCGGGUUGGACACUACUGCACUUGACGAUGAAGCUUUCAACCUCAAAGUUGCUCAAGAUCAGUGCAUACUAAGGCUUAUUGGAUCUUGUUGCAGUAGCGACAAGUUUUCAAGGGCCAGCGAACUUAUGCAGCUUUUAUCGCUGGAAAAAUCGAUGAGAGCAGCGAUAAAACUCGUUACCAAACUCAGGCUUCCAAAUUUGGCAGAACGAUUCAGCAGCAUACUCGAGGAAAGGAUGCUUAAAGAAGCUAACGAGGCGUCUGAAACGCCAUUGCAGAACUCUGAAACCACAGAGAAAAUUCCUUCAGCUCCAAUUCAGAGAAGUGAAGAUACAGCGACUGUUGUUGCAUCUUCUACACCAAAGCUUUCUACAGCUACACUUGUGAGGAAACCCAAAAUUUCAGAAGUGACCAAACCAAGCAAGGAGCAGGAAACACAGGGAGGCCAAACUAAAUAUGCAAAAGGCUCCUUCAAUCUGUUCUCAAAAGCAGUGGAAAAGUACCAAGAGAAGGGAAUGGAAGUCAAUCAAGAAGCUCCUCGUCGUACUUCCAAUCCAUUUCACAAAGCAACCGUUAAGUAAUGUUUUUUUGUUUUUUGUUUUGAGAUUUAGGAAUAUAAUAUAGUGAAUAUAUUAAGCCUUUUCUUUCAAUAAAAACUCUUUUAUGAUGAUGAUGAUAUAAAGCGUGUACUUCAACUAAAACUUUAUGUUUUUUU